CACCGGCGCAAAAAAGACAUAAAAACCGCCAUCGCCAUGGUAACCGGCUCUCGAGAGCCUGCAGUCCCGAGAAGAAAAGAGGCUGCCGGCGGUCACGUGGUGUCACAAGAUGGCGCCUUCAUUUCGGAGGGAUGCGCUCUGAACCUGGGCUGAGAAGGACAGCAGAUCACUAACUUGGAGUCAGAAAAGCCUCCGUGAGGGGGUUUUGUCCGUCGCGAUCGCGCCGAUAAAAAAUGGCUCAACAUGUUUUUGAUAACGAUGAAUACAGGCCACCAGUGUGGAAAUCCUACUUGUACCAGCUCCAGCAGGAGGCGCCGCACCCGCGACGCGUCACUUGCACCAGUGAGGUGGAAAAUCGUCCUAAGUACUAUGGAAGAGAGUACCACGGCAUGAUCUCCCGAGAAGAAGCUGAUCAGUUGUUGAGUGCUGCGGAGGGCAGCUAUCUCAUCAGGGAGAGCCAGCGGCAGCCAGGCACCUACACAUUGGCCUUAAGAUUCGGGAACCAGACCAAGAACUUCCGCCUCUACCAUGAUGGCAAGCACUUUGUCGGGGAAAAGCGCUUCGAGUCCAUCCACGACCUGGUGACGGACGGCCUGAUCACGCUCUACGUGGAGACCAAGGCAGCGGAGUACAUUGCCAAGAUGACUAUCAACCCCAUCUACGAGCAUGUGGGGUACACCACCCUCAACCGCGAGCCGGCCCUCAAGCGACACGCACCUGUCCUCCGAGACACCCCCGAUGAGCGGGACAACGUAGAUGGCCGAGAAGAGGCGGAUCCAGAGGAGAGGCUGACCUCACUGGUGCGGCGAGCCACACUGAAGGAGAAUGACCGCGCGCCCAAGUACGAGAAAGUACACAACUUCAAGGUCCACACGUUCCGGGGGCCACAUUGGUGUGAAUAUUGUGCCAACUUCAUGUGGGGCCUGAUUGCUCAGGGAGUUAAAUGUGCAGACUGCGGUUUGAAUGUUCACAAGCAGUGCUCCAAAAUGGUCCCGAACGACUGCAAGCCGGACCUGAAACAUGUAAAGAAGGUGUACAGCUGUGACCUCACGACGCUGGUGAAGGCCCACAAUGCCAAGCGGCCAAUGGUGGUGGACAUGUGCAUACGAGAGAUCGAGUCCCGGGGUCUGAAGUCCGAAGGCCUGUACAGAGUGUCAGGAUUCAGUGACUUAAUCGAAGAUGUUAAGCUGACCUUUGAUAGAGAUGGAGAAAAGGCGGACAUCUCUGUGAAUGUUUAUGAAGAUAUUAAUAUCAUCACCGGUGCACUUAAACUGUACUUUAGGGAUUUACCCAUCCCCGUCAUCACGUACGACGCUUACCCCAGAUUCAUCGAAGCUGCAAAGCUGACGGACCCGGAUGAGCGGCUGGAGGCCCUGCACGAGGCGCUGAAGCUGCUGCCACCUGCUCACUGUGAAACGCUGAGGUAUCUCAUGGGCCACCUGAAGAGGGUGACGCAGUACGAGAAAGACAACCUGAUGAAUGCAGAGAACCUGGGAAUCGUGUUCGGACCCACGCUGAUGCGAGCGCCGGACCUGGACGCCAUGACGGCCCUGAACGACAUCCGGUACCAGCGUCAGGUGGUGGAGUCACUCAUCAAAAAUGAGGACAUCUUGUUCUGAAAGGAGGGAAUUGCUUCCGCAGUUUGGGUGGCUUCCUGCUGUCUCCCUAACCUUUUUUUUUUUUAAUUUUGUGCAAAGGCUUGAAUAUGAAGGAUUUUUUUUUUAUCAUUGUACAUUCCCCUCCCCGCCGUACCCCCCACUCCCAGUGGACCAGCACUGUAAAUACCUUCUGCUUCCCCUUUUGAUGGGUGCGGAUUAUGUACCUUAAAGUUUAAGUUUGCAUGUUUACCGCCCCAUUUUUGUCGGGGGUUGUUAACAGAGACAGAGCGAAAGGCCAGAGCGUGUUUCUUUGGGAUAGUUUUUAGUUAUCCAGCAUGUGUUUAGGUUUUUAUCGUCGAACAUCGUGACUCUGCUUUUCUGUCCUGUGGAUGUAGCUCAUUGUUGCUCAGUUGUUUUUGUGAAACACUAUAUACCUGUACGUGACAUAGAAUACAUUUUUCUUCUUUUAUAUACCUUCGUGAAGAUUUGAUCUUUUUUUUCCCCGUUUUGUUUUUAGACACAAUAUGUAUUUAGGUAAAUUUUAAAUCUGCAUUCUAAUAAUUUGUGAUUUUUUUUUUUCCCCACCCUUAAAUCUAAUCUUCACAAAUCUUUUGCGCUCAACUUUCAAUAAGUGUCCGAUUUUCAUGUUUUGGUUGUAAUAUUUUUGUAUUUUUGAUUUGCGCAUGGGUAUAUUAAUUUAUUAAAUCUUGCUUUCCAGGAUUGGAAUUUAUGUGCUUUUUUUAAACACCUUGAAGGACUGAAACAGAAGUGUCUCAGCAAUUUGAGUAAGGUUUCUGAUAGUAGCUGUUGCGAAACUGUAAUGUAUAGUAAAGACACAUUGUGAUAUUUAGAGACAACUGUAUUGCUUUGCUUGCACUGGAGAUAAACUUUUUUUCAUGUUUGUUUGGGCCGAUUCCUCAGUACAUCUGCAGACUGUGAAUAAUUUCCUUUGAGAUGAAGACCAAACCCCCAGCAUCUUGCUUCCUACCCAGAUGCUUGAUUCUUGCGUAACUGACAUCUGUCUCCGUUCUCCCGAUGUGACAUCCUUCCGAUGUUCGCAUAGCCUUCCGUGUCACUCACAGGUUCUCAGAUACUUCGCACAAAUUUCUUACUGGUACGGCAGAGUUAGCCGUGACCAGCUGCACGGGCCGCCUGUAGGACUGUCCUUGUAUUCCUCUGAGUCUGUUCCCAGCUUCUGUUUUCUGGAUGUUCACCAACGCAGCUUCCUUUUGAGAUGCUCUGUUGGGGGAGAGCGAGCGAGAGAGAGGGGAGCCGAGCUCUCUGACAGUGGCAGCAGCUGGCUGUUCCCAAUUCACUGUAAAAUCUCAUUAAGUUAUCCAGCAUUGUCUCAUUGCUUACCGUGAAAACUCUGGCUUUUUGGUUUGUGCAAAAGAGCGCAUUAAAUCUCGCAGAAGCUAACCUUUGCAUGCUGAGAAUGUUGCGUUCUCACACAGUUUAAUAAACUUAACCCUUGCUUCCCGAUCUGUUGACGUGAAUGAUUAUAACAGUCCCCCCCCCCCCCCCAAAGAAUAAAUAUAUGAAAUAUAUUUAGAUAAAUCUGCCAGCUUUUUUGCUUUUUUUUAAAAAAAAAUAUGUAUACUGAAGAAGGUGAUAGUUUGAGAAAAAGGUUGAGUGUGUUCGGGGUUCGGUUUGGGAACCACUGCAAUAAACCAACAAUGGUUUGUUUACAAAAUGACUUUAGCGGAACUAUGGAGCCUUGCAUCUGAGUGUGAGAUUCACAAAGUAGAACCUCCAGCCGGCUGAUCUGGAAGGAGCAGCAUAGAAAAAAAGCAGCAUCCUGACUAGAUUGGCUUUCACUUCUUUUCCAACAGAUGCUCGUUUUUUUUUAUUUUGUCUUCUGCAUACUGAUCUGUCGUAGUUGAUUCCAUGAUGCAACCCUGGUGGAAACGGGUCGGAACCAGCCCCAGGUAAACCUGGUACCUUCACGCAGCUCUUCGCAGCGGCACCAGACUGAGGCUGUCACUGCUGCUGCUGCAAAAGGUGCCAUGAGAAACUGUGUAUGACAGGAAGCCAGAUAAUCGCAGUGCGGUGAUGUUUAUUCAAUUCAUAACCAAUGAAUACAAAUUUCAUAAGAGAACUGACCUUUUGUUCGUUCAGCUGAGCCGGAAGUCUGUUGUUUCAUUGAUAGAUUGACAUAAAUUCCAAAAGCAAAGCAUGGAACGAACUGGAACGUUGCAUUUGUGGCUGUGCAUUAAAGACAUGCAGCAUGUUUA